CUUUGCGAGUGUGGACGGGACGGAUACAUGAGGGAGAACGGCGCCGCCAGGGACGAGGGCCCCGCCUUGUGCAAGGCCGCUGCGGCGGACGGGGGCGGGGAUGUGGGCGCCGCCUCCGCCCGCCGCCGCCGCCGGCUCGGGCGUGCCACGGAGGGGCCUGCUCCGACGAAGAGAAUCCGGUCGGGGUCGCAGAGGUCGCCGUACGACUCGUCUCUGGAGACGGCGACGGACGGCUGCUGCUGGCCGGCGCGCCUAUCGCAUGGCGCCGUGUCGGUGAUCGGGCGGCGGAGGGAGAUGGAGGACGCGUUCGCCGUCGCGCUCUCGUUCCUGGCCUCGGAGGCGGUGGGCGGCGAGCAGGAGCAGGAGCUGGACUUCUUCGCCGUGUACGAUGGCCACGGCGGUGCAAGGGUGGCGGAGGCGUGCCGGGAGCGGAUGCACGUGGUGCUGGCCGAGGAGGUCGGCCUGCGCCGCCGCCGCAGCGGCAGCGACGACCUGCGCUGGGAGGAGGCCAUGGCGGCCAGCUUCGCCCGAGUGGACGGCGAGGUGACCGGCGGCUUGUCGUCCCCGCACCAUGACGACGCCGGCAGCAGCUUGCCCUACCGCACCGUCGGGUCCACCGCCGUCGUCGCCGUCGUGGGCCGGCGCCGCAUCGUCGUCGGCAACUGUGGCGACUCCCGCGCCGUGCUCUCACGCGGCGGCGUCGCGGUGCCUCUCUCCAGCGAUCACAAGCCGGACCGUCCGGACGAGAUGCAGAGGGUGGAAGCAGCCGGCGGCAGAGUCGUCAACUGGAACGGCUACCGCGUGCUGGGAGUCCUGGCAACCUCCAGGUCCAUCGGCGACUACUACCUGAAGCCGUACGUGAGCGCGGAGCCGGAGGUGACGGUGGUGGAGCGGACGGAGCGGGACGAGUUCCUCAUCCUGGCCAGCGACGGGCUGUGGGACGUGGUCUCCAACGAGGCGGCGUGCAAGAUCGCCAGGAGCUGCCUGAGCGGGCGCGCGGCCUCCAGGUUCCCCGGGUCCGUGGCCGGCCGCACCGCCGCGGACGCCGCCGCGCUGCUCGCGGAGCUGGCCUUGUCCCGCGGCAGCAGGGACAACAUCAGCGUCGUCGUGGUCGAGCUGCGGCGGCUCCAGACGGACCAGAUGACGAGGGUUUAGUUUGCUGAGACUGAGUUGAGUUGAGUUGAGAGCGUACCGAGUAGUAGAUGAUGAUGACAUUGUUAAGUAUUUGAGCAGCGUGUGCUGAGAAGCUGUGGGGGGAUUAAGAGAGUCUCCCUCCCGCCUUCAGCACUUGGUUCAUGGUUCGAAUUGAACGGGCACGGUGAUGCGUUGUUGUACAUAGGGAGCGUUUGUCGGAUGUUUGCUUCUGUCGGUGUACUAAUUAAUUAGUAGUAGCAUUAUGCAAUUUUAUAUUGCCUUGGACAGUGUUUGUGCU